CAAGCCCGUAGCUCGAUGGCGGGAGGCGAGAGGAGCCGCCGUUAAGACAGCGAACCGCAGCGUUGCUUCCCUCGGGCCGCCCCUCCCCCCGGCCUCUCCUUCCUUCCUUCCUUCCUCCCUCACAGGCCGCUUCACCAACGCGAGCGGCCGCCGUGUCCUUCCGCCGGGCGCGCGCGGGGGGACUUUUUUUGUGGGGCUUUUGGGCGCCUAUGAGAAGCGGCGGAGGCCUUGGGCGCCCCUGCUUGGCGUUCUCGCGGGCGGCGGCGGGCAGGAGCGGGCCAGCACGAUGUCCCUAGUAGAUUUGGGAAAGAAGCUUUUAGAAGCUGCACGAGCCGGACAAGAUGAUGAAGUUCGGAUUUUGAUGGCAAAUGGAGCACCUUUUACCACAGACUGGUUGGGAACAUCUCCACUUCAUCUAGCAGCACAGUACGGGCACUACUCAACCACUGAAGUGUUACUUCGAGCAGGUGUAAGUCGGGAUGCCAGGACCAAAGUGGACAGAACUCCACUGCAUAUGGCUGCUUCGGAAGGGCAUGCCAGCAUAGUGGAAGUUUUACUUAAGCAUGGUGCUGAUGUUAAUGCAAAGGACAUGCUGAAGAUGACAGCACUUCAUUGGGCUACAGAACACAAUCAUCAAGAAGUAGUGGAACUCUUAAUAAAAUACGGAGCAGACGUCCACACGCAAAGUAAAUUUUGCAAAACAGCACUGGAUAUCGCUAUAGACAAUGGAUAUGAUGACCUGGCGGAAAUAUUACAGAUUGCAAUGCAGAACCAAAUCAACACCAAUCCAGAAAGUCCUGACACUGUGACGAUACACACAGCGACACCGCAGUUCAUCAUUGGACCUGGCGGGGUGGUAAACCUAACAGAUGACACAGGGGUAUCUGCUGUCCAGUUUGGUAAUUCCUCAACUUCAGUAUUGGCGACUUUGGCUGCCUUAGCAGAAGCUUCAGCUCCACUAACCAACUCAUCAGAAACACCAGUUGUGGCUACAGAGGAAGUCGUGACUGCAGAAUCAGUGGAUGGUGCAAUUCAGCAAGUUGUCAGUUCUGGUGGUCAGCAGGUUAUUACCAUAGUAACGGACGGCAUUCAGCUUGGAAACCUCCAUUCCAUUCCAACCAGUGGAAUGGGUCAGCCUAUUAUUGUGACUAUGCCAGAUGGCCAACAAGUACUUACAGUACCAGCAACAGACAUUGCUGAAGAAACGGUAAUCAGCGAAGAGCCACCAAUCAAGAGGCAGUGCAUUGAGAUAGUUGAAAAUCGGGUGGAGUCUGCAGAAAUAGAAGAAAGAGAAACUUUACAGAAACAGCUGGAUGAGGCCAACCGAGAGGCACAGAAGUAUCGUCAGCAGCUACUAAAGAAAGAGCAGGAGGCAGAGGCCUAUCGGCAGAAAUUGGAGGCCAUGACCCGCCUUCAGACUAAAGAAGCUGUUUGAAUGGCUUGAAGGGAGCAUUUUGUAAAGCCAGUUAAGAAAACCCACAGUACACUCUGGACCUGUCUGCCAUAAUAGGUACAGACCCAGGAAUUAUGCACGAGAGAAGAUACUACGGGUUUGAAACUGGACUUAAAAAGCCAUGAGCUCUGAUGAAAUGUUCUUGUAUCAUAACAAAAAACAAACUCACUCAAAUUUAGACAUUUUGUGCAAAAAAAUAUUUAAAAAUACUGUAAAUAGUUUUUUUUUACAGUUUCCAAAAUUAGUUGCUUAAUCUUUUUGGAGGGAUCCACAAACAUGCAAAGCCAAUGUUUUUGUGACUUUUUUGAUUUUAGUACAAAAUUGCUGAAAUACAGAGCAGUUUUAAGGGUGAUAACUGUUGAUUUAAACUGACAGUGUGAAAAUGAAUUAUGUAAAAGAACCAAUCCGGAAAGCUAGCAACUUUAAGCGUCUGAGAAAAUGCAUUUUCUGAUGGAAACCUUUUGUACAGCUUUAAGUAGUUGUCUCAGCCUCUGAAAACCAUGUUUUUUGUGUAUUUUUUUUUUUUUUUAGAAAAACUGUAAUUUUUUAUAUUUAAUUUCUGGUAUAUUCAAGUAGAUUGACAUGUAUAUGAAGCUGAUAUUUUUUAAAUGUUUCAGUUUGUACAUAAUGCUGCAUGUUUUUAUAAUUUCUAUACACAUCUUACAUAAGUAUUUUUCAGGAAAGAGUGGGGAAAAUUAUGACAAAAAUAUUUAGCCUAUAGGUCAUGGAGGAGGAGAAGCCAGUGGACAGGGUUUUUUUGUUUUAAUUGGGAGUGACAUUUCUUGGAAGAAUGUAUGUUGGCAAGGGGGGGGAAGUAAACCAAAAUCAGUAUUCCUGUAAUAUUAAUCAUUUGAAAGUUUGGCAGCUGGGAGCAUAAAAACCUAUUUCAAGUGUGUCUUCAUUGAACUGUGGCCACGUUCCUGCAAGUAGAGAUCAAAAUAAGGAGCUGUUCUCAGUCAGCUUCUAGCUUAACUUCCCCUCCUCUGCCAUGCCACCUUUAUGGCUGAU